AUGUCGCAGGUCUCGUGGGUUUCACCCGACUAUCCUUUCGUCAAGUAUGACGGACCUCCUCGCAAUAUUGCCUACAUCGAUCAACUUGAGUUCGACCCUCAGCUCCAGCCUGUAAACUACGAGAUUUCCGGUACAGCUUCGUCAUCGAAAGUACUCAUCUUGGACGUCGAUAUCCUGGAGGCCACUGGACGGGAGCCUUAUCGAGGUGAUGUUCUCAUUGUGGCUUAUCAAAAGUGGUUCACAGGCCAAAAUUUCGCUCAUGUGGGCACCGUUCCCAAAAAAGAGAAACUGGUCGCUGAUUCAAGCGUGCGCGUAUUCCAUGGGAGGGGGCGCACAUUGAUACCAGGCCUUGGGGACGCCCAUACUCAUUUCACAUGGAACGGAGGCGAUUUAGAUCGUUUGGGUGGCCUUGGCGUCGAAGAGCAUACACUCCUCACUGCGAGAAGCGCAGAAUGCUUCUUGGAUUCAGGCUAUACCAUGUGUUUCGGAGCCGCAUCUGCUAAGAAACGUCUGGAUGUUGUCAUAAGGGACGCUAUCAACGCAGGCGAUAUCCCGGGUCCUCGCUUCCUGGCAAAUGGGCAAGAGAUGGCCCGAAGAGGAGGGGAGUUAGUUGGAGGAAUCACCGCUUAUGCGGAUGGCGCGACUGAAAUGAGAGACGUGAUUCGCGAGCAUAUUGAACUGGGCGUGGACCAAGUGAAACUUUCGAUGUCCGGAGAAUCGAUCACGGAGGUUCGAUAUGCUGAGGAUUGUUAUUUUACCCCUGAGGAAACGGCGGCAUGUGUUGAUGAAGCCCACAAACAUAAGAAGCGAGUUUGCUCUCACGCGCGAGCCCGGGACUCUGUCCAGCAAAGUAUUGAUUAUGGCGUGGAUGUGAUUUAUCAUGCAUCUUAUAUCGACGAGAAAGGCAUGGAUGCCCUAGAGAAGAACAGAUCCAAGCAUGUCGUGGCACCAGCUAUUAACUGGCUGAUCGCUACCCUUCAUGACGCUGUAAUGUUCGGCUAUACAACAGAGAAGGCCGAACAGGUUGGUUACCAGAAGGAACUGGAUGCAGCUGAUCGUGCCAUGCGGGAGAUGCAUCGAAGAGGAAUAGUCAUACUUCCUGGAGGCGAUUAUGGAUUUGCGUGGACACCACAUGGUACCUAUGCUCGAGACCUUUCUCACUUUGUUGACCGUUUCGACUUCACGCCACACGAGUCUAUUAUUGCAGCGACAUACGGCAUGGCUAAGUUGUUCAUGCGGUCUGAUGAAAUGGGCCAGAUCAAAGAGGGCAAUUAUGCGGACUGUUUAGUAGUCGACGGCGAUCCAUUGAAAGACAUUUCAAUCCUGCAAGAUCAUGAUAAGCUGAACAUAAUCAUGAUCAAUGGUCGUGUUCACAAGGCAGGAGUGAAGGAGUAUGUUCUUCCAAUGCAGGAUUCCACUGGUGUGCACUCCAAGACAAAUGAGAUGCUUCGGAUGGAGCGAACCCUUCCGCUCAUGUCAUGA